AUGAGUGUCGAUAUUGAAUUUGAUGAAAACUGUGAUCCAAAUAAUCCACGCAAAAUAAAAUAUGAUGACAUAUUGGCAGCUUCAAGACGAAUUGUCGGGGCAGUAGUUCGUACACCGUGCACCCGCGCUCACAUGUCAGAGAGACUGGGAAUGGAUAUUUAUUUCAAACAAGAAUUUUUACAGUAUACUGGAAGUUUCAAAGAACGUGGAGUCCGAAAUGCGCUGAUAUCGUUGAGUGACGAACAAAAGAAAAAUGGUGUUAUAGCAGCGUCUACUGGCAAUCAUGGUGCAGCAUUAAGCUAUCACUCCACCCAACUAGGGAUACCGUGCAUAGUGGUCGUACCUAUUCAUACCGCUCUCAAUAAAGUUAACAAAUGCGAACAGCUCGGAGCGAAAGUUUUCAAGCACGGAAUAGACAUGUCAGCGGCCAAAUUACACGCAAUGAGUUUAGGGAAGGAAAAGAAAAUGAUUUACAUUAACGGCUAUGAUCAUCCCGAUGUAUUAGCUGGACAAGGAUCUAUCGGUAUAGAGAUAAUAGAGCAAUUACCGAAUGUUGAUGCAGUUUUGAUACCCGUCGGUGGUGGAAGCCUAUUAACUGGAAUUGGGAUCUCCGUAAAACAUCUUAAGCCAGACACUGAAAUAUAUGGUGUUGAAACAGAUAAAACUUGUAGCAUGGUAGAAUCUCUUAGAAAAAACGAGCGAAUUCAUUUAGAUAUCGAUUCGACUAUCGCUGAAGGUCUGGCUGUAAACGUGGUCGGAACAAACACGUUCUACAAUAUCAAAGGUCUGGUAGACAAAAUGGUGGUUGUAAAGGAAGAUUGGGUGGCUCGGGCCAUCAUGCAUAUUGUAGAAGAGGAGAGAUUUGUCGUUGAAGGUGCCGGCGCUGUGGCCGUUGCCGCCAUUAUGGCGGGAUUGUUUCCUAAUCUUAAAGGAAAGAAAGUCGUUUGCAUAAUUUCUGGAGGUAAUAUUGAUGUUACUAUACUGGCCCGUGCGUUGGAACGCGGUAUGGCCGCCGAAGGUCGGUUGGUAAAAUUUAAAGUGACGGUCCACGACCGCCCUGGGGGCAUGGCGGAACUAUGUACACUCCUAACUAAUUCAGGAAUAACAAUACGAGACUGCGUCCCCGAACGAGCCUGGGUCAAGGGCGAUGUGUUUAGUGCCCAGGUCAAGGUAAUUGCCGAAACUAGAGGCUGGGAACAUACGAAAGAAUUGAUAGAACAAAUUAAGAAACAUUACAAAGAUUAUUUCUUCCAAGAAAUAUGCGACCGGCCCGACAGGCCUUCGGUCGGAACUCGACGUGGGCCCUGUUUAGCACCGAAUCCUGUUUGUAUGCAAAAAUAA